AUGAAUCCAGUAUUCAUGAAGCUGGAGAAGAAUGAUGGUUCUAAUUAUGAACCUGAUACCCUAACCAGCUUUCACAGGGACAUCGACCGCUAUCUGAGGGAAAAUGGUUAUCUUGUCAGCAUUCUAACCUCAGAUUUAUUCAGCACAAGUCGACAGGUACUUCAAUCUCGACGGAAAGAGUUAAAACAGAAAGUGCUUGGGAACCGACCCAAUAAAGCGCAACCUGUCAGUGAAAACGAGGAGGAAAUGUUGUGGGAAUGCGGUCAGCUUGGUCACGACAACCCACACGCUUUGCUGAACACAGUAUGGUUCAAUAACACUAACCUUUUGGGGUUCAGGGGAUGUGAUGAGAACAGACAAUUGAAAUCGGGAGCCAUAGAAUUAAAAAGAGAUGAAAAUGGGUCAGAAUACCUAGAAUUUAGUGAAAGAACAACAAAAACAAGAGGUGGAAACAGUACUCACAUCGGUAUGUCAUCCGAGUCCAUCAUACGUCAGUUUACACAAACAACGGCAGCUGAUAACACCAUGGACAUUCCUGUUGAUGCGGAUAUGACGUCACUCAACAUAAGUAUAUCUGGUCCUACCGAUGUCACAGACGCCACCCUAACGGAUCCAGGUGGUGUUGUGGACACAUUUAUGGGUGGAACAUCAUCACGAUGGCUGGAAAAUAAUACUGUGUUCAUGGCUCUCCAGAACCCGGCUAUAGGGACAUGGACUCUAACACGGAUUGACACCAGUAAAGUGUGGGACGUUAACAUUACAGCCACUUCCGGUAUUCAUAUUGACUUCCGGUUGAUACAGACUGACGGUUCCGGCUUCAAGACAAUCUUUGACCGUAACCCCAUCACUGGGCACAUCUACACAUUUGCGGUCAUGGCUUCAAAUAUCAACGCAGCGUUCGAGCCAUUGUCUUUAGUUCUACAAGACGAGGAAGGCGAAACAUUGACCACUUCCACUCUAACCACGUCAUAUACACCGACAAGGAGCACUGGCCAUACUGAAGUUACCAUGCCGACAUCGAAUUUCUACAUACAACUGUCAGGGAAGGUUCCUGGUGGGUCACCGUUCAUUCGGUCGUCAUGGAGACUGGUGACCCCGGUCAGUGCGGAUCUCAUCGUUUAUCCUAUUAUUGGUCAGAUUGGGUCAACUGAUGACAUCACAUACAAGUUAACCAAUCAUGCAUCUGAAACAAACACUUAUGACGUCACCAUGUCAAGUACAGUGACGUCAUCCAUUACAAGGAGUCACAUCAUGUUGAUGGCUGACACACUCGAAGAUACAUUUGAAAUCACUACAUCAUCAAACAUUGAAUCAUUAUCCUACUCUGUGACUCUCAGCGAACCUGGGGCACCUACAUCACUACAGUCAUCCUCGUAUACAUUACAGUUAGCCAGUUCUCUUUGUACAGUAUCCAUGACUACAAACGAAUGUGACAAUGCUAAUUCCUCGUGUUCGGCCUAUCAAUGGUCAGCCACAGCUGUGUUCAACUUUGAGGUGUCCGUCUUCGUAGUGACCACGGGUGUGUCCAUAACUGAUGACAUCACAGACUAUACAAACGUCUGUUUAUCAAACCUCCCUUACGUCGGAGGCUGUGUCAUCCCCCGGUAA